AUGGAAGACGUACACACGUCCUGGCUUGCCGCUGGUGCCAAUGAAGAUGUCGAAUCGAUGCGCCAAUUGUGGAAACAAUUCCCUGAGUGGCUCAACUUCCAACGACAAAUUGAGUCCGAUACGUCGGACUCGCUACUUGAGCGUCAAACUCGGUUUUGCAGCUGGAGUGGCUUCCAUCUGCGCACAAUUGGUGCCUCUGCACUACACACCGCUACGUGGGCAGAGAGUCUUGGCAUCCUCGAGUUUCUGCUGGAAUUCGGCCAAAAUCCAGAUGAAGGGGACGACAGCGGAGUGACGGCCGUUAUGGUGGCUAUCCUACGUCUUAACCUCGUGACAAUGCGCUGCGUACUACGUAACGGCGAGGCCGUGCGCCGAAACACGGUCGUUGAUGUACGUGCCUUUAAAUCACUGCUCUUAGCUAUGACAUUUACGUAA